ACGCCAGCAGUGAUCAUAGAAUGAGGAUGUUAAGAUGCUUUGAAAAUGGCGUUCCGUGUUUGUAUGAUCAUUGUUCGGAUGUGCGGUUUGUGUUGAUUAGCUUGCAUAUGAUCAUUCAUAUGAUAUGUAAGGCUGACUUAAAGAUGGACUUUUUAUGCAGAUUCAUUUUUACCAGUGAUCUAUUGCAUCACUGGUUUGAUGAAAAUGUAAUUGAUUGAAGCCAUCUCAUUAGAAAUGGCUGACUACCAUAUGUUAAAUGAUGGAGUGUUUGGAGUGGGAGGAAAUGAUAUUAUGGAUGAAACAGCAAGUUUAGUAAAUGCUGCAAGCUAUAGUCAUUCUGGUUCUGCAAAUACUGCUGGACAAGGUAUGAUGUCUCAGAGUAUUCCAAAUACUCCUGGACAGAACCCAAAUGUGAUGAUGUCAAAUAUGGUAUCAAUGCAGCAAGCACAAAGUGGAGCUCAACUCUCUUCUGGAGGCAUGAGCUCAUAUCAUCAAGGAGCAAUGCAUGGCUAUCCACAAAGUGAAGUGCCUCAAAAACUUCAUCAGUAUUCUGUUUAUGGUAGUCAGUUACAAGCAAGUAACAUGACUGGCCAAUAUGUAUCUGGUGGUCCCAGACUUCAUCAUCUUAGUGAUCCUAUGUCAUCUCUCCCUGAUCAACCACAACAAACAUCUCCAAGAACUGGUGUUCCCAGCCAAAUGUAUCAAAAUCGAAAUAUGGCUGGUAGUCACUACGGUCAACAAAUUCCACACAAUGCAGCUGCAUCACAAAUGACUCAGGGAACUGCUCAGUAUCCAAGUCAUUAUGGUAAUGUGCAACACCAUUCAAUGCAACAACAUGCUGUACAGCAGGUUAAUCAGAACACAGAUAUGUGGCAGAAUUCAAUGCCACAUUCUCAAAUGACACGUCCAUGUAUGCCUGCUUCUCAGAGUUAUUCUCAGCAUCAAAUGGUGCCUGGUCAACAUUCAGCUACUUCUUUAAAUCAUAAUUCUAUGUCAAUGCAGGGACAAAGAUCGGCUACUCCAAAUCAAAGCCAGUAUAUGACUAAUCAGGAAUAUAAUACUCCACAUGCCCCAAACCAGCAAUCCUCAAUGCAACGACCUCCUGUUUAUAAUAUGAAUUCUACAUCUGUUAAUCAGAAUGGCUCUAUGGUAGGACAAAUGAACAGUGCACCUCAAUCUGGUAUGUCACAAACACUUAAUUCUUUACCACAAACAGACCAAGCAAUUGCUUUUCCUCAGGGACAUUAUGUAGGGUCACAAACGACAACUAAUAGACCACAUUACAAUGCAGCUACUGCAGUGGGUAGUUCAGUGGGGCAUACAUCUCAACAACAUGUGGUGGGUCAACAAAUGAUGAAUGUUCGUCCCACUGUUCAUCAAAUGGGAUAUUCUCCUGUAGCUUCUCGUGUCAACUCAGGUCAGCAACAUGCAAAUUCUGUUCCACCUGGCAGUCCAGCAAGAUUGCAACAGUACCACCCACCUUUUUCACCUAAUCAAACCUACUCUGCUCCCCAACCAUCACCAAGACCUACAAAUCCUGAAACUGCAACACCUCCACAUCUACAUUAUUCUAAUUCCCAGCCACAUACCCAAGCACCCAUGAGCCCACAAUAUAGAAACCCUUUUCCUUCUCAAGUGACUCACUCGCCUCAACAUCUAACUCCAACUCCUCCUACUGAAGUUUCUGUGCCACCACCUUUGACUCCAGAAAGAGUGUUACAGUCAUCUACACCUCAGUCUCAGGGAAGUUAUCAUAGCCCGAGCACUACUCACCUGACAAGUCCAAGUCAAGGUCAUUCUCCAGGGAAUUCCAAUGCUCCGUCCAGUUUGCAGCAUUUGGAACAAAUGGUAAUGCCCCGAGUGAGUACAGGUCCUUCAACGACACCUACAGCUUCUAGUGUUAGUCCUAGUGGUCCCAGUGCAGGCAUGACCCAUAAUUCUGGUGCAGGUGGAAAUUACUAUGGUCAUCUUUCUAAUGCUCAACUUCCUCAGCAGCAUCAGAUGCAUCUUCCUCCUGUUGGUGAUGCCCGUCCUCAGCCUCAAAGCCCUGCCUUUUCUCAUAUAUCUCAGCAACAUUCUCAUCAUUCUUAUCUUAACCAACCUCAUUCUGUGGGUCAGUUGCCCUCUCCUACUGUGAGUAGUGUGCCAAAUUCACAGCCCUUACAAUCUAAUAUUUCUACUAUGUCAACUUUAUCUAACUCAAGUUUACUGUCUGAGGAAAGCAUGCCUGUAGAAUCAAGCCAACAUAGUGUAGUGUCAUAUGGUUCUGAUAACAGUUCCAGCAUUCCUAGUGUAAGUGUAACUGAAACUAAUGUACCUCGAAGUUCAAGCAUCCCUUCAAACGUUGGACCUCUGCCUACCUCGGAUCAAGUUACCCAGAUAUCUUGUACUUCAAGUACUUCAUCUGAUUCAGUGUUACCAUCAUCUCUUCAAUAUAAUAUGCUUGGAAAGGGUCCUUAUCAAGGGAGCUCAUCUUCAGUUACAUAUGAAAUGCAGCAAAUCCAACAAGAAAUUCAGCAAUUAUAUGGAAUGCAUCAAAGUCCUGAGACUCAUGAAAAGGUCAAGGUGUUACAAGAAAGAUUGAGAUACUUACAGGGCCAACAAGGCACUGUCAGUAACUCAACUUCUUCAACAUUAAAUUCAACUGUUACACCAGCCUCUUCCCAUUAUCCAAGAUCAAUGAUAUAUAACUCAGGGAAUACAGCUCCAUAUGGUCACCAACCAAUGAUGCAGCCUCAAACAGUGCAUUAUAAUCCUCAAGCUCAGCAGACAAGUACACCUCAAGAUGUUGCUGUGCCUCCCACCCAGUUGGGAAUUAACACUAAUAGCAUGAAUGCUGCUCCUGCUGAAAAUAUACCUACAAUUCCUGAAGCGACCACCUUUGAUUCUGAAAACGUGGGACCUAAUCAUUACCCUGCAUCAGGGUCUGAAGUAAUGCCUACUUUAUCUCUGCAAGAACAACCAGGAAUAACACCUGAUCCAUAUGAAAUGACUUUCAAUGAUGAACCACCACCUAAAAUGAAACGACGACCACCCAAAGAACCCAAACCCAAGAAGCCGAAAUCACCUAAACCACCUAAAUCUCCUAAACCAAAAAAGCCAAAGAAAUCUAAAAAAACAGAAGAAGCACCCCCUGCUGAUGCUGUGCCCCCUAAUCUUCAAGAUAAUGUUUUACCAUCUACUGAAGGUACAUCUGAAAAUAAUGUUACACUACCUGAAGGAGAACAAUUACCUCCUGAUACUGGAGCUCCCCCUGCAAAACCUAAGAAACCUAGAAAAAGGAAAGUUAAAGAAAAUGAAGGGGAACCUAAAGAACCUAAGCCUAAGAAACCACGGAAACGACCUGAAAAGAAACCUAAGCAACCAAAAGCAGAGGAAGGUGUUGAAAAUACCCCCAAUGAUGGCAACAAUAAUAGUCUUGAAAAUGCUGAUGAGGAAAAACCUACAGAUUCUUCAGCAGAAGCAAAUGGUGUGGCUGCUGGUGAUGAUGAAACAAAAGAAAACAUUGAAGUUGACAAAGAAACCAAAGAAAAGAAGCCUUCUAAAUCCAAGUCUCCUAAAACUCCCAAAGAUGGUGUUCCUAAAGAACCUAAGAAAUCCUCUCCGAAGAAGAAACUUCCGAAGAUUGCCUUAAAAUUCACUAGUAAGAAAAAGAAGAAAAAACCUUUAGCUGUGUCUGAUAAUUCUGAUAUAGAAAAGACACCACCACCAUCUCCAGAAGCUGCAGAGGGAAUAACUAAACGAAGAUCUGCUAGAAAUACUGAGAGAAAAAAGUAUACAGAUGAUAUUGAACUUCAUUUGUCUGAUGAUGAAACAAUAGAGAUGGAUUUUGCACAGUCAUCCAAACAAGAUGGAAAACUUGUUCAAGUCGUUGUGGAUAAUCACAAUGAAGACUACAUGGUUGUUGAAAAGAUAUUGGCUGUUAGAACUGUUCAGAAGGAGGUUGAAAAUAAUGCAGGAAGUGAUGCUGAAAACAGUACUCCAGAAACUGUUGGUGUUGAAGAGUACUAUGUGAAAUAUAAAAAUCUGUCAUAUAUUCAUUGUGAAUGGAAAACUUUGGAAGAGUUGGAAAAGGGGGAUAGGCGGUUCAUCCAGAAGGUUAAAAGAUUCAAACAGAAGAAGGAAACUUUUAACUUUUUUGAUUUUCUGGAGGAAGAACCUUUCAACCCUGAUUACAUUGAAGUGGACCGAGUGCUUGAUGUGAAUGAAAUAAAAGACGUUGCAACAGAUGAUUCUACAAAAACUGAAGCAGCAUCUCCAAAACCAGCAUCUGAAGAACAAGUGCAAAAUGAUGAACAAAAAGAUUCCGGCAAAGAAAUUGUGCCAGAAGAGGCCAGUAGUGAGCCUCAGGUUGAGGAAUCUAAUGAAGAAGAUAAGGAAUCUAAUGAAGAAGAUAAGGAAUCUAAUGAAGAAGAUAAGGAAUCUAAUGAAGAAGAUAAGGUAAAACCAGAAGACUCAGAUAUUAGUCUUGAAAAUAAAACACUUCCUGAAGAUGUGAAGGAUGAUGAAGAUUCUGAAGUUAAAACUGAUGAUACUUCUGAACAAUCUGAUGUGAUAAAAUCUGAAUCAAAAGAAAUGGUUGAUGAGGAAAUUUCCAAAACUGAUGGAAGUACCUCUGCUGCUGAUGUUGUUAAAGCUGACGAUGAAGAAAAGGAAGCAGCAUCGAGUGAGAAUAAAGAACCAGAACAGAAAAAUGAAAAGUGUAAAGUGACUCGUCACUAUUUAGUCAAAUGGCGAGCUCUAACUUAUGAAGAAAGUACUUGGGAAUUAGAAGAUGAUGUUGAUCAAGAUAAAAUCGAACAAUUUUUGCGCUUUAAAGAUCCACCUCCAAAAGAAAAAUGGAAAACAAAGAAACGUCCUAAACCAUCAGAAUGGAAUCAACUUGCUGAAUCUCCAGUUUAUAAGGGAGGCAAUACUUUGAGAGAAUAUCAGCUAGAAGGUGUAAAUUGGUUGACCUUUUGUUGGUAUAACAGCCAAAAUUGUAUAUUGGCUGAUGAAAUGGGUCUUGGCAAAACUAUACAGUCAAUCACUUUUUUAAAUGAAAUAAAUAAUUAUGGCAUUCCUGGACCCUUCUUAGUUAUUGCACCAUUAUCCACAAUCGGGAAUUGGCAAAGAGAAUUUGAAACAUGGACAGAUUUGAAUACAAUAACUUAUCAUGGAAGUUCCCCAAGUCGUAAUAUGAUUUUGGAAUAUGAAAUGUACUGGAAAAAUGAAAAGGGCGAACGUAUAAUGGAUGUAUUUAAAUUUCAAGUCAUGAUUACAACUUUUGAGAUAAUACUGACAGACUGUAUGGAAUUAAAAUCUAUACCAUGGAGGUGUGUUAUUAUAGAUGAAGCUCAUCGUUUGAAGAAUAGAAAUUGCAAACUUUUAGAAGGGUUGAGGAUGUUAAAUACUGAACACAGAGUUUUACUUACUGGUACACCACUUCAAAACAAUGUUGAAGAAUUGUUCAGUCUUUUGAAUUUUCUGGAACCCAAUAGAUUUGCAUCAACUGAAGCUUUCCUUGAGGAAUUUGGUAACUUAAAAACUGAAUCCCAAGUAGAUAAAUUGAAAGCACUCUUAAAACCUAUGAUGUUAAGAAGAUUAAAAGAAGAUGUGGAAAAAUCAUUAGCUCCCAAAGAAGAAACCGUAGUUGAGGUUGAAUUGACCAAUAUUCAAAAGAAAUAUUACCGAGCUAUUUUGGAGCGUAAUUUUACAUUUUUAACCAAAGGAAAUUGUUAUUCUAAUGUUCCAAAUUUGAUGAAUACUAUGAUGGAGUUAAGAAAAUGUUGCAUUCAUCCUUUUUUAAUUAAUGGUGCGGAGGAGCAGAUAGUCAAUGAUUAUAAACAACAACAUGAAGGCAGUGCUGAUGGUCAUUUAAACGCCAUGAUUCAAGCAUCUGGUAAACUUGUAUUAAUGGAUAAACUGUUACCUAGGUUAAGAUCUGAUGGUCAUCGAGUACUGGUUUUCUCACAGAUGGUGCGAUGUCUGGAUAUUUUAGAAGAUUAUUUGGUACAAAAAAGAUAUCCUUAUGAAAGAAUAGAUGGAAGAGUUCGUGGGAAUUUAAGACAAGCAGCUAUUGAUCGUUUUUGUAAACCAGAUUCUGAUAGGUUUGUAUUCCUAUUGUGCACUCGGGCUGGUGGCUUAGGUAUUAAUUUGACUGCUGCUGAUACUGUCAUUAUAUUUGAUUCAGACUGGAAUCCUCAAAAUGACCUACAAGCUCAAGCUCGUUGCCACAGAAUUGGUCAGUCAAAAGCUGUAAAAGUUUAUCGCCUCAUUUGUCGUAAUACAUAUGAAAGAGAAAUGUUUGAUAAGGCUAGUCUUAAACUUGGUUUGGAUAAAGCUGUUCUGCAAUCCAUGUCAAUGAAGGAGAAUGUUGGCAUGAAUCAACAGUUAUCAAAAAAAGAAAUUGAGGAUUUGUUACGCAAGGGAGCAUAUGGUGCUCUCAUGGAAGAUGACAAUGCUGGAGAUAAAUUUUGUGAAGAAGAUAUUGAUCAAAUUCUUCAGAGAAGAACUCAAGUAAUCACCCUAGAGAGUGGAACUAAAGGUUCUACUUUCUCCAAAGCUACUUUUGCAUCUGCCAGUACUAGAUCAGACAUAGAGAUUGAUGAUCCAAACUUCUGGGAGAAAUGGGCUAAAAAAGCUAACUUGGAUGUUGAUGAAUUAAAAAAUAGGAAUGAGCUUAUAAUCCAAGAACCUCGACGACGUACUCAGACAAGGAGAUUUGGUACAGAUGAUUUGAUUGACUUAUCAGAGCUAGAAAGUAGUGAUGAUGAUGAUGAAUCUAUCUCUGCCCGAACUAGAGCAUCUAGGAAAGGUUCUAAAAAUCGAUCUAAAAACAGAGGACGGGAUGAUGAUGAUUAUAUGGAUGAUCUUCCUCCUGGAAACUGGACUCGUGCUGAGUGCUACAAAAUGGAAAAAGGAUUGCUUACAUUUGGUUGGGGUCGUUGGGAUGAAUGCAUGGCAUUAGGGCAAUUCAGAAGACGCUUAUCUCAUAAGGAUUGUGAAGAGAUUUCCAGAACUAUUCUUCUUUACUGUUUAUUACAUUACAAAGGUGAUGAGAAAAUUAAAAGUUUUAUCUGGGAUUUAAUUUGUCCAAAUUAUGAUGGAGAGCAAAGAAUUCAUAAGAACCAUUCUGAGUCUGAAACUCCUGUUGAACCAGAUUGUAUUUUUGAUGGAUUUUCUGCUCAUGAUCAGGGUUUAUCUGCACCGGUACCGCGGGGUCGUAAAGGUAAAAAAAUAAAAAAAGAAACUAAAACAAUUGAUCAAAUAAUUGAAGAAUGUGAGUGGACCAAAGAAGAGGUUAGCAAUCCUGAUUCUCUUUUGAAUGAUGAAAUUUAUAAAAGGCAUUUAAACAGACAUUCAAACAAAGUUCUUCUUCGUGUACGGCUCUUAUAUUAUUUAAAACAUGAAAUUAUUGGAGAUCUGCAUGAUUUGGUAUUUUCUGGAAAGCAUGCAAGUGAAAUUCCCCUUUAUGUUCCUCCUGCUGAUGGUGAGCCACCAACUCCAUGGUGGGAUACUGAACUUGACAAAAGUCUUUUGCUCGGCAUUUACAAACAUGGUUUUGAACGGUAUAAUAUAAUGAGACAAGAUCCUACCUUGUGCUUCCUAUCGCGUUGUGGUCCUCCUGAUGGUGCUGCAUUGCUGGCUGAAUUAAAUAAUGUAAAUAAUCCCGAGGAUGAUAUGGAGGAUCCGUCUGCACCCAAAGAUAAGGAUGAAGAUUUGGAACCAUUAUCACCCAGUAGUGAACAUGAACCACCAAAACCUAUUCAAAAUAAUUAUUUAGCUCCACAAGGCUAUGAAAUGGGUGUUAUACAGUUUCCUUCUGUGACAGAUGUUAAUACGCGAGUUAGAAGGUUGGUUACAGCUUUCCAGCGAAACAACAAGAAAUUGGAGAUUAGAAAUGCACAAAAGGCUCGAAAGAUAGAAAGACGUGAAAAGUUUGAAGCUGCAAUUAGAGAACGGGAAUUAAAGAAGAGAGAGUUGCAACAGCGUAAAUGGUCUCGCAGGGAAGAAGCUGACUUUUACCGCACCAUCUCCUCCUUUGGUGUGGAGUAUAAUGAUGAAACUAAAGAAUACAAUUGGUCCAAAUUUCGAGGUAUUGCACGUUUAGAAAGAAAGUAUGAUGAAACUCUUGCUGAAUAUUACAAAUGUUUUUAUGCCAUGUGCAAAAGGGUGUGUGGAAGAGAGCUGACUGAAGAAGAAGAACAACUUUCUAUGAAUGUUGAGCCUAUAUCCGAGGAAAGGGCUAGUCGGUGUUUGCAGCGUGUUGAGUUACUAAACAAAAUAAGGGAGGAAAUUUUAUGUCACCCUGAACUUGAUGAGAGGUUAAAAUUAUGCCAGCCAUCAAUGGACCUUCCAGACUGGUGGAUAUGUGGAAAACAUGAUAAAGAUCUCUUAAUAGGUGCUGCUAAGCAUGGACUUAGUAGGAUGGAUUAUCAUUUGCUCCAUGAUCCUAAUCUCUCAUUCAAAGAUGUUCUAAAAAACUAUCCUAAUGCAAAAACCAUUCAAAUAGGCAAUAUGCUAUCUGCACCUGUUGGUUGUUCUAGUCCAUUAAAUAUAUACCACACAGAUGACAGCAUAGUACUUAAAGAUGAAAAUAUUCGUAAAUUGAAGGAAGAAUUGCCUAUUUCUGCUGAUGAAUUUAGUGUUAAGGAAGAAAUGCAGCAACCAAAGCAAGUAGUUGAUGUCUCCAUUGCAGAGAAAGAAGAAAAAAUAGUUACUGAUAAAAAUAGCAUUACUGAUAGUGAGAAGGAUGAUCAAAUCAAUCAAGAUUUGCUGGAGGCAAACAGUAGCAUAAAAAAUGAAACCAAAGAUGCUGAACAGGAUGAAGUAAAGAUAGAAGAAAAUUCAGAUGCUGUGCAAGAUGAUGUAUCCAAAGAAGAAUCUAUUUGUCCCACACAAGUUAAAGAUGAAUGCGAAGCUAUGGAAGUAUGUGAUACAAAUACAAUUGAAGAUACUACAGAAGCAGCAAGCACAAUAGAAAAUGUCCAUAUGAAAGAAGCUGAUGAAGGUGAUAAAGAUUCUACAUCCAUUACAACUGAAUUAAUGGAUAUAGAUAAUGUUGCUGAUUCUAGUGGUGAAUUGAAAAUUGAUGAAGAUGCUAAAGCCGAAGAUGAAGAAACUGAUAUAGAGACUGAUUUGCGUAAAGAAGAGGAUGAUGCCAAAGAUGCACUACCUACUCUUGAUAAGAAUGAAGAAGCACCUGCUGCCUCCAAAACUAAAAGUCCUCAGGCAUCGCCUGCUAUUGUGGAAGAUGUUGAAAAAGAUGAUCAAAAAUAUGACUGUGAUACUGAUACUGAGUCCAAAUGUAAUUUUGAACCGACACAGACUGUAGAGAAUGAAGAAUCGCCACUUGUUAAAAUGGAGAAGGCCAUAAAAUCUGAAAAAUUGGAUAGUGAGAUUUCUGAAAAAAUGUUACCAAAGGUUAAACAGGAAGAAUUAAUGUUUGAGGAUGGACUUCGAGAGAAAUAUAAUAUAAGGAAAAUGUUUCCAAAGGACGAUCUUCAUUCUCAUGUUGAUGAUUCACAGAUGAUUGCAUUUUUACAGGGAUGUAUGUCACAAAAUGAUGAUGUACUGAGUCAGGCUAGUUUUAAUCUAGAAUCAGAAAUGGGUGAACCCACUGUUGCACAGCUUUUAGCUUUUACCAAUGGAAAUGCUGUAAGAUGGCCUAAAGACAAGGUUCUUCAGAUUCGGCUAGAACAUAUUGUCCAUGCAGUAGAGAAAAAUGAAUGGCCUAUCAUCAGGCAUACCUUCUUACCUACGUUUCCUCCAGUUCCUCCUUCUUCAACAACACCCAUUCCUCACCCACCUGUGAUUGCAAGUCCUGUUUCACACAGAGCAUCUCCAGUUCCUAGUGUUUCUAGCCAAGGCCAUAGUGGAGAAGUUACACCACAAGCUACUCCAGAACACACUCCUCAAAGAGAAACUAUACUACCUGAAAUACCAACUCCAACCCCACCAGAAUAUAAUGUGAUGCGUAAAAGUCCUCUCCAACAUAUUCCACAAGCUCCUGUUACUGAUUCAUCUAAACAUCGCAGAAGACGGCGCCGACGGAGGUUUGAGAUAGAAGCUGAACGUGCAAAAUUGCGCCAACUCUUAUCACACAACAUGCAACAGCAACAACAUCAUCAUCAGCAACAAUUACAGCAUGUCCAACAGUUCUUGGCCUCUUCUUCCCUCCGAAACAAAAUCUGGGACGAACAUGUUGAAGAUAAAGUUCAGCAUCCUAAUGUGCCUUCUCCAGCACCUCCUAUUCCUACAGCAUCGCCAACUAUUCCUCCUCCAGCCCAUCAAAACUCGUCUCCUAGGAUGGCAACCAACUUAGGUUCUCUAGAUCUUCGUGUGAAAUCAACUAUCACUCCUCCAACACCUUUCACUCCUAUGCCUGCCCCUCAGAAAAGCAAGCCAGCUCCAAUUGAAUCGCCUGCUAGUGCCGGGGGAUCUCCAACUUCUCCUAUUGACCUGAGUGCUUCAUCCAGUGGCACUGGAGCCACAAAUCAGGCAAAUGCACCAUACAGUAAUUCAAAUCAACCAAGUGCACCUAAAGGUCAGGGGCAUUCUAAGCCCAAAGAAAAAAGGGGAGCUAAAGGAGGUAGUCGCAUUGAUGCACUUGCUUUGAAUCUUCAGGCUCGAAAACAGCAGCAGUUAAUGCAAGAACAACAUCAUCCCUUAGCGGAUAUGGGAUCCAUGUUGGAAAGAGCUACAGACAAGAGUAAAGAUCAUAGUGAAAUGGAUGAUGUCCCAACGCAAUCUGUGUCAUCUAGGCACCAUUCUCAUCAUCAUCAUGAGAGGAGAAUAGAAGACGAAGAAGCUAAGUUGAGGAAAAAAAGACUUCAAUACAGUGAAGAAUCUGUACGGAAGGCUUUAAAUCGAGGCUUUGAUAUGACACCUGCUCCUGCGCAUUCAUCAUUUUUGGGUCCUAACAUGGGAUCUGGUUCUAGCAGAAUGAAUUUAGGUUCAGGUAAAUCUGAUGAUCAUUCAAGUGGUACUACACCGAUACUAGAUCCAUCUUCCUUAAUGCACCAUGACUUUAAGAAAUGGAUCGAUGAUCAUCCUGAACUGGUUGCUGCUAAUCCCAAUUUAGUAGCAGCAGCAGCUGCUGCCAUGGCUUUCAGUCCUGUAUCAUCUUUUCCUUCUCAUACCGAACUCUUGGAAUUACCAGAAGGUAGGAGAAGGGGAAGGAGGCCACGUCUUGAUCCCACCAAACUCGAUUAUGAUAAAAUCACAGGAGAGGAAAACGUAUCAGUUAUAAACAGGCUAACUGGAAAGAAGAUAACUGGAAGCAAAGCUCCUCCCUUGAAGUACCUUGCAGAAUGGUUGGACAAAAAUCCUAUGUUCGACGUUGAUCCGAAAUGGGGACCGUUAGUCCGCGAAAAGGGCAAUCUUCCUAAUAAUAUGUCAAAAAGAAUUGUAACUCCUUCAGAAAAACGAGGGAGACGAACUGCUGCUUCUUUGCUCGCAAGUGCACAUCAAAAUUUGGUUCCACCUGUUACAACGAUGUCAUUUCCUUCAACUGCAGGUUUGAACCCCUUAAGCUUUGCAAAUACUGGUAUGCUUAGUGGUUUUCCGAAUAUGAAGUUCUUUAUGGAUCCACCUAAAUCCAGCACAACAUCUACUACAACCAGUUCUGCUUCAUCUACAACUUCAACCAAUCCUCCAAUAUUUUUGCCUUUUGGUGGUUUGGCUGGUAUGGGUUUGACGAAUCCAUUGUUUGGGUUUCCUGGGUUCAACUUCCCUGGACUUCAAGGUUCAUCGCCAUUAGGUGCAGCUAAUUUGCCUGGCUCAAAAGAUCAUUCUAAAGACAAUGAUAAAGGUCGAAAUGACAAGGAAUCAGGAAGUUCAUCAUCACGGAAGAACACCCCUGCUUCUUCGAGUUCCACCUCUAGUAGCAUAAAUGCUGCCACAAGCCUACCAUCAUCAACACUUCCCUUUUUAUAUCCUCCUGGACUUCUUUACAAUCCCUUAAGCCUAGGAGGUUUCACUCUUCCUCCAAAUCUUCCAGCCUCUUUCGGUUCCUUUACUCAGAGUGGCCUGGUUAAUGGACUUGGCUUGAAUAACCCACUAUUUACUACCAGCUCGUUGAGCACAACUCUUAGUUCAGCAAUGUCAUCUGCCACUGUCGCUACCCCUUCUACACACAGUAUUUUGUCCUCGGCGCCUUCUGUUUCUAAAUCUUUAACCCACACAUCUCCAAGCAAACAGCUCUCAACUCCAAGUCACUUAACAGAUGGACAGGAAACUGACGAUGAGAGCUUGAAGUCCUUAAUGGGAAAUCAUGAUGACGACGACGAUGAUUUGGAUGAUAGCAAAAUGGAGAUUUAUGACAAUCCCGAUAAAGAUGACAGUGAUAAAGAAGGAUUCAGGGACUCUUCUAGGCGAAGCCCAGCAUCUAGUAGUACUAUCACACACACAUCUGCGAAAAGUUUGCAGAGUGACAUUGAAAGUGUGUCUUUAGCAAAAACUAACAAUGAAAAUCCUAGUGUAGAAUCAAGUAAAUCUAGAGGAAUGCACGAUGAUCCUACCUCAGAUAGUACUGACACUGAAAGUAAACAUUCUUAGUGAAAAUAAAUGACAAACAUGAAACUUUUUCUGUGUGGACACUGUGAUGCAGCUGUAUAUUAUUUAAUUUUUUUAAACAUUUCCUUCCAUUGUGAUUAUGAUUGUGGCUAGGAAUGAAUGAAGAAUCAGAAUUGUGAAUUAUGUGUUAGUAAUUUUAAACCAUGCAGCUUGUAAAGAAGGUGAAAUUUUUUAUUUAUUUGAAUGCAUUCUUUUUCCUAAUAGGAAAAAAUGGACCUGUGUCAUUUUAAUUUUAUGUUUGUUGCACUGUGUGUUUUGUUCAAAAAAGGUUUUCUUAUAAUGUUUUUAAUCCCAAUGGCUUUCAUAUCGACAAAAUGUAAAUUUUAAAAUACCGAAAGCAAAAAUAACCUUUAUAAAAUUUUAUUUUUAAAAAUCAAUCAUUUUUGAAUUUGUUUUUUAAUUGUGAGCAGUUUAUAUCUGCUUCUUCAGACUGCAUAUGUUGCUGCUUUCAGUAGAACCAACAUUCCUACAUGACAUAUGGUGUUCAUCUGUACUUAAAAACUAUAGAAGUCAUUAGUGUGUAAUAUUUAUGGCUGGUAAUUUAGUAAAUGAAAAGCAGUAAUAUUACUGUUUUGCAAUUUUAGUAAUGCAAGCCUUGUGUACAUACCAACUAUUUUCAGACGGGCAGCUUAUUUAUUUUAAUACAGGGAGGAUGUAGACCAAGAAUUACAUCAUUAUCAUCUCCAUACUUUCGGAAAGAUAAAAAUGAACUCAGGCAAUUUUUUUCCGGCCGUGACAGUCAAAGUCUGUAGAUAUUAGAUUGAGAUUACCAUCUGUUCACUGUAGUUUUCAUUACACCGGCAGUGCAGAAAAGUGUUACCCUCUCAAGUAGUGCAGUUGUUGUCAAAGACAAUAUAUAAUAAAAGUUAACCAAAUUGAAAAUAAAAGCAAAAAAAAAGAGAAAGACUUCGGCUAUCAUUAAUGCAACAUUUUCUGCUUCUAGCCAAAUGCAUAUGUUUGUCAUGUCUGUAAUUAGAAAGUGCUGUCACAUAAACAAGAUCAGUUUUUGUGAUGUGUUUUAUGUCAUUCUAAUGUUUUUAUGUCUCUUAUUUGUAAAAAUUUUAGAUCACACUUACGUAUAUUAUAAACAUUGCCAGAAAAAUCAAUGAAAAUUUUAAGAUUCUGCUGUAAAAAUAUUACAAACUCAGAAAUUUAUUGCAGUUACUGUCUACAAGAGUAUUUAAUAUCACAAAUUUUUUGUUUCUGGUUAUUCACUUAUUAUAUAUUGUUGUGAAUAAAUAAUAGUAUUUAUUUCACCUUAAUUCAUUAGUGUAAUAACAAUGAAUAUAUUUGUCAGCACUUCUUAAUAAUUCAGCUGGGGAGAAAACUCAUGUUUUGCAUUUUGCCGGUGGUUGAUAAUGAUGUGUACUGUUGCAAAUUAUUCGAGGUGCAUACCUCAAUUUUCUAAAGAUUAGUUACCAUUGCAAAUUUUUAAAAGCUCUUCCAAUACAAAUCUGGGUGACAUUCUGAAAAAAGAUAAAGUAGGUUCUUCCUCCUCAGCAGUGCCUUGAAUAUAAACGCCAGUGACAGGUAAAGUCUCACUCUGUGAAGUUUUGCAAAACAUUCAAAAGGGAUGCCACCUGUCACUUGCAUUUUGGUAGCUUCUCAGCCAAAGUGUGUAAGCAACAAAAUUUGAUACCACAAGCAAAUAACGCAUUGUAUAAAUGAAGCUUUAAUGGACGGUAGCUGUACAUUUUGAAGUGGUAAUGGGUAAUGAUUGCAUCAUAUACCUUCUGUUUUGUGCAAGAAUUUCCUGGUCAUCUUCCUCGCAGUGAAAUGAAUCUUAAAAAGAAAAACAAAUUCUGUAGCAAUACCUACUUGGUAAAGGUAGAACAGUAUUUAAAAGGAAUCGACUUGUGUUUUUUUGGAUUGAUUGAUCUAAUUUUGUUUGUAAGCAUGUAUUAAAUACUUAAUUGGAGAAAAAAAAAAUUGUGUUGUUUCUUUCAGCAGUAUUGAUUUUUCUGUUUGCAGAUUUUUAAUUUUUUUUUACUUGUAUUUUCUAUUUGAAGGAAUUUUUUAAAGACAAUAUUUAUUUAUCUGCAAUUAUGUACGUGAUAUGUAUUUCUUUCUACUCUGUUCUGUAAAUUUAAUAAUAAAUUAUUGUAAUAAAUGUUGUCUGAAAUAUAUAGGCAAUAAUUUAUCAAUCAGUGAUGUUUGUGUUUUCUAUCUAGAUUUUAUUUUUAUAGGAAUCUAACUUAUAAUUCUAUACAGUUAACCUUUAAGAACAAUGUUUUUUUGUGGUGAAAAAUAUUUUUUUUCUAUUUUACCUUCCAAACUGUUGAUAUAUGAAAUUGUUAUAAAAACCUGUAGUCUGAAUGAAUUUGAAAAUUUUUAUUGUUACAAUCUUUAUAUGCAAUAGUUUUGUGCUUAAUUGUGGAUUAUUACUCAUAUUAGUACAUCUUUAUCAUUAUUUGGAUUUUGCAGCAAAAUGCUUCAGAAUUAAUUUCCAUUGAAUUAGUAUUUUAAUUUUUUUUUUUGAAUUAUUUUAAAGUUCUUAAUCCUAUUAAUAUUAAGAAGGAGAAUAACUUAAUAUAUUUACAUAUCAAUAUAUUCCCCCCACUGACUGUUAGUAAUAAAAUUUAGGAAUAAAAUAUUACAGCAAUUAAAAUUUGAUAGAACCAGUAAAGUAAUAUUGAAUUCAGUACAUUUUUUUAAAGGAAAAAUUUUAAUUUCUUCUGCAAAAUUUUAGACUAUUUAUUUUUAUAGUACUAUGUUUAUAAAUACUUCGCAGCACCGUUACUUUUUUCUUUUAAUCUUUGCCUUAUGCAAACAAAUAGAUUAAUUUGAUUUAGGAUGUAGAACAAUUUUUAAUUGUCCCCCCCCCUUCUUCUUUUGCCAAGUAGUGCUUGCCUUUUCACUUAUGUUUGGUUAAGUACCAAAGUGAUAAUGCUAAGUCAUAUUUAUCUAAUGAAUGAAUUGAAUAAAAUAUUUCCAUUAGCAAUUGUUACAUUCUCAAUUUAAUGCAUUAAGAGCUUUAACUCUAACUGAGGUCUUGGUUGUGUAUGUUAUGUAUUACUUUUUAAAAUCUGUUCUUUCUUUCUUUCCUUUUUUUAAUUUUCAUAAAUGGUUUCUACUAAAAUUACUUUAUCUUGUUUGGAAUGUAGGGAACUUCUUAUUCACAUCUGUGUGGGCUAUUUCUCAGGGUAAAUUUUAAACAGUUCUGUGCAGUUGGACACAUUCAACUUCUUGAAUUUUGCUUAAAUAUAAUUGCUUUUGCGAUUUAUUUGAAUCUAUACAAAAUUGUUUAAGAGGAAGAAAGUACAAAUAAGAAUUUAUCAUUAUAAAUUUUGUGAUAUAUGUGAUGAAUUGGAUUAUUUUAUUUUGAUGAAAUUUUAAUUUCCUCUUUGCAAUUGCUAAUUUUUUGUUAUGCUGAUGGUUCUUUUUUUACAUGUGGAGUGUUUGAUAAGCCAGCGUAAGAGUAUAUAUAUAUAUAUAUACUCUUGUAUGAUAUAAUAAUGUAAGAUUUUACUAUUGUUAUUGCAAAAUUGAUCAAAACAAACAUCAAAUAAUUAAACAUGUAUAGUUAACAGAAAA